AUGCUUCUCCCAAAAGGUGGUGUCAAUUGGAAGUCUGCAUCUGCAAAAUUACCACCUACGAGAGCGAUAUGGGUCUUCAUCACGCGGACGCGAUUUCUAUUGCUUGUAGCACUUACGGGGCUAAUCCUAUUACUAUGGAGGGGAGUCAGCACAUCGGCGUCAGAAAUGCAAAGAUUCUACUGCUGGGGCCCUUCAAAACCCCCAAUGCGGAUGACUCCGAACGAGGCCGUAGAAUGGAACGCGCAUUUACAAACACCAGUCAUAUUCAACCACCAUGAACCCCUGGUGAUAAACGAAUCUACUAUCAGACGGGUCGACAUGAACCCUAUAGUAUCCACCCCCCGAGCAGUAGCAAACGAAGAACGUGUUCUGAUAUUAACACCUCUACGAGAUGCCGCCCAGUUUAUACCCACAUACUUUGAUCUCCUCUCCGAACUGACAUAUCCCCACCACCUGAUUGACCUAGGAUUCCUGGUUGGCGAUUCGAAGGAUGAUACCCUCGCAGUAUUAUCAGCAGAGCUUGCGCGGAUCCAGAAGUCAAGCAAUACCCUGAGCAGGCCAUUCAAUAGCGUGCUGAUUAUCGAAAAAGACUUCGGCGCUGCUAGUGGUCAGAGUGUUGAAGAGCGACACGCCUACGCUGCCCAAGCCCCGAGACGGAAGAUCAUGGCCAGAGCCAGAAACUACCUGUUAUCUGCCGCACUGAAGCCGGAGCACUCGUGGGUGUACUGGAGGGAUUCUGAUAUCAUGGAUAGCCCAAAGUGUAUUCUCGAGGACUUCAUCGCUCAUGAUAGGGAUGUGAUUGUCCCGAAUAUUUGGUUUCAUCGUUAUAGGGGCGGGAAAGACAUUGAGGGACGAUUUGACUACAACUCUUGGGUUGAAUCGGACAAGGCUCGUCGAUUAGCAUCUACGCUUGAUAAAGAUACUGUCAUUGUAGAAGGUUACAAAGAGCUUAAUACUGGUCGUACCUAUAUGGCGUUAAUGGGAGACUGGCGACGGAACAAGGACGACGAGGUAGAGCUUGACGGUAUUGGAGGAGUCAACAUUGUUGUGAAGGCCGAUGUUCACAGAUCUGGGAUCAAUUUCCCCGCCUAUGCAUUUGAAAACCAAGCUGAAACCGAAGGAUUUGCUAAGAUGGCGAAACGAGCAGGAUACGGUGUUUACGGGCUCCCGAACUAUGUGGUAUGGCAUGUAGAUACAGAGGAGUCGGAAGGCAACAUGGUAUAA